AUGUCGAUACAGCCGUUAUCCUCAGAUGUUGUUGCUCAAAUCAAAUCAUCAACUACCAUCACAAGUCUCAACGGAGCUGUCUCUGAAUUGUUAAAGAACUCUCUCGAUGCGGGGUCAACAAAGGUCGACAUCUGUGUUGACUAUAGCCGAGGUGGAUGUGUAGUGGAAGACGAUGGGUCGGGUAUCUUACCGUCCGAAUUUGGAGAGACGGGAGGCUUGGGAAAGCCAUAUCAUACCUCCAAGUUGGGCAGCCAAGGCCCCGUCCAUGGAGGACGAGGGACAUUCCUUGCUCAUGUCUCAGCCAUCUCUCUACUAUCCAUCACAUCCCAUCACCAUUUGCAUCGGUCGCACAAUUCAAUGAGCAUGUAUAAGUCGGAAGUCAUCUCUCGCCAGAUUCCGGCUCCAGCUCAGCAUCAUUUACCAUAUUUCGAUCACGGGACUCGUGUCACCGUUCGAGAUCUCUUCGGAAAUAUGCCUGUCCGAGUGAAGCAGAGAGCGAUCACUGCUGAGAGACAAGGUGCUAAUAGCAAGGAUUGGGAAGGUCUGAAGAGGGAUGUGGUCAUGCUUUUGUUGGCUUGGCCCCGCAAAGUUGCUGUGACGGUUCGAGAACUUGGAAUGGGACAGAAAAUGAUUAUUCGGAGUCUGUCAAAUGACUCUCUACGCCAUGUCGAUGUAUCCAAUGUUUGCAGCAUUUUGACGCAAGCUUCAUUCAUCACGCCUGGUGAGAGGUCCUCGUGGGUGUCACUUGGAGCAUCCACGUCAAAGUUGGAGAUCACUGGCAGCAUUUGCCUUGAACCAAGUGCCACCAAAAACGUGCAGUUCAUCUCGUUUGGCAUCCAUCCUUUGACAAUCGACGGGCAGAGCAUUAUUCACGACGAAAUCAAUCGUCUAUUUAUGGAUUCUGCAUUCGGUAACCAGGAAGAGGCUGCUGUUCUUGAUGAUAUGGAGAGGGAAAGAAGAGCAGGAGAUGCUCGAUAUAAGGGAGAUGGGUACACUAUCAAAGAACUCAGAGGAGGGAGAAAGGGGGUUGAUCGCUGGCCCAUGUUCUACAUUAAUAUAGACGAAAUCAGCACAUCGGAAGGUCUCGAUAUGGAUGGGAUUCUGGACAACAAAGGUGGUAGCCUCAACUCAAUUCUCGAGUUAUUGAAGGCAAUGAUUCUCGAGUUUCUGACGAGCCAUCAUUUCCGACCAAAGGCUGCUGGGGGUCCUCGCUUACAGCGAAUUUCCAAUGAUCCCAAAAAUACUUCAGGAACAAUCGAUCGAUCUUUGCCCCGUCGUGAUUGCCAGGCCAGGCCUAUUGGGACACAUAGUUCAAGGACACGCUUGCCAACUUCUUACAAAACUGGGAAGUCUCCAAAAGGUAGCAUCACAAACUCAGAUCUACUCGGGGCAAAUGUCAAGCUCCCAUCAUUCCGCCGAACUGGGUCUACAUCAGAGUCUCCAUUUGAGGCAUGGUCACGAAUCAAAUGGGGGACCAGCUUCUCAAAAUCUGGCUCACAUAAGGAUCUAGUUGAGUCGCCGCCUUCUCAGGUAUCACGCCUGGAGCGCCCUUCCACGGCUCCGCUGCCUUCAACCACCCAGACACUUCCCCCGUCGACUGGGACUUCGACCCCAGACCCAACACACGUAAAUUCAAAGAGGUAUGCUACUCCUUUGGUUUCAUCUACUGGCAAAGUUACGCGCCGACCCUUCGAAGAUGCCCCUGUUCCCGAGGUGCAGUCAGAGACCCCACGACCACUAGCUCCCUUGAACGACGGAGAAGCGGAGCAAUUAGGGGAAGAUGAUCUAAUUCCAUGGAUGAAUCCCAUAACGAAAGUGACAUCUAUCGUCAACAAAAGAACAGGCCUCACAAUACAACCCAGGAAAACGGGUAAUAGUCAUCAGGAAUCCCAGUCAAUGAGCAAUUUACGGCUUUCCUCCCGCAAGAAAAUAAAAUCCAAAGUAUCUUCUCCAUCAGAAGCAAGUCCUUGGAUCGCUUCUAUCCUGAGAGGCUGGGUAAAUCCCGUCUUCUCCCCCACUGAAGCCGCAAUACCACACCUCCCAAUAAAUGGGCCAGAUGCAGAGAGCCAAACAAUCCUGCAAGGUCACCGCCAUGAUUGUUUGCAGUUUGAUAUUGAUAAAGCUUUCAAGGAAUCAUCUGUCGGGAUUGGCGGACGGAUCUCAAAAGAUGCGUUACGCAAUUCGGACGUCAUAUCACAGGUUGAUAAGAAAUUUAUUCUUGUGAAGUUGCGUUCGUCGAAAGUUAAUGAAGAGAAAGGAAGUCAAGAUGGGACAGGGACAACGCUAGUGAUUAUCGACCAACAUGCUGCGGAUGAAAGAAUCAGAAUCGAAGGUCUGAUGGAUGAACUUUGCAUGCCACCGCAGUCCAUCGUCCCUGCUGAGUCUGGUAUCCUGAGCAUACCUCUUGAGAAACCUCUCUCUUUUGAUGUCUCAGCAAAAGAGAUCCAUCUUCUCCGUGCCCAGAAGGGACAUUUUGCUGAUUGGGGAAUAUUGUAUGAUAUCCCCACAAAAAGCAUCAACACAGAUAGGAGCAGCAAGGAGACGCAGAGAUUAGUUGUCAGCAGCCUCCCGCCAGGUAUCGUUGAGAAAUGCAAGACCGAUCCAAGACUUUUAAUCGAACUCAUCCGCGCCGAAGCUUGGAAGAUCGACGAACAAGGGGUCGGGUCUCCUGCCGCCACCACUGUCAAUCCCGGAGGUCAACAGCCCUGGCCUGUGAAGAUCAAGAACUGUCCCCAAGGGAUUAUCGACAUGCUGAACUCCAGAGCCUGCCGUAGCGCCAUCAUGUUCAACGACGAGUUAUCAAGUGAUCAGUGCAAGACACUUAUCACUCGUCUCGCCGAUUGCGCGUUUCCAUUCCAGUGCGCUCAUGGGAGGCCGAGUUUGAUUCCCUUAGUUGAUUUAGGGGGGAUGGAAAACUCUAUCGGUGAUGACUCUGAAGCAAGCGGAAGUUUCGGGAAAGGGUUUAGAAGAUGGAAGAGAAGUCUUGACUCUAGAGGCGGGGUGAGGGAUGACUGA